UUCUAACUAGGGUUUGUUACGCUUCCAUCAAGAAGAUCUGUGUGAAUUUUCGUUGUAAUGUCGACGGAUACUGUAUCGCUUGGCGUCAUACGACCGGCCUCUGGAAGCUGCGACGAAAGAGGGAAGCGGGUGAAAUCAGAUCAAGAACCGGAACCGGAGCCAGAAUCGGAAUCGGGUUCGGAACCGGGGUCAGAACCGGAAUCGGAAACAGAUUCAGAAACUGAACGUGAAUUCAAAAAGGCAUGGGAAGUGGCGUUUGGUUGGCAAUCGAUCCCAUUAGAAGAUCUGAAGGUUAGUGAUCUGUCUAGUCGGUUUGAAGAUGACCCUCAUCCUUUUUCUUAUAUCUGUCCAAAAUUUACUUAUUUGAAUAAAGCAAAGAGACAACAAGAAGAGGAUAGUAAAAAGGCCCUUGCUGAUUAUCGGGAGAGUUCUCGUAACAUAAGUCCCUAUGAUGUUACCGAUGUUCCAUCCUUUGGAAAUAUAUGUGGCAAUAACUUUCCCAGACCCGUUACCAUUACCGAGGAUCGUCGCCCACAUUUCAUUCAUCUCUCCAAACUUGCAUUGGACAAAUAUAACCAUGACAACGAACGAGGGUAUCAAAUAUGAGUUUGAAGAUGUUAUCAACGCAACCAGGCAAUUUGUUCCUCUUAUUACUUAUUAUAUUACCUUUCAAGCAAAAACUAUACAUGAUGGAGUUGAAAACUGUCCUGCUGCUACAACUUCAUCGGAAUUGCCAGUGGUUGAGUCUUGUUCCAUUAAAACCUAACACACACCAUGGAAAUCAUGUUAAUUCAUUGCAUCCACCUGCUGUGAAACUGGUUCCGUAAAAAUGUGAACUUCUUGAUGUAGUUAGUAUGUUGGUUUUCUGUUCAUGGUAUAUUGUGCAGUAUAAUAGAACUUUUUUUAUUUGUAAAGUUUUGAUUGUUUAAUUUUGAUUUCUGUCUGAAUUUGAUCUACUACUAGUU